CAUACCUCUCAUUUCUUUAUCAGGAAACCAAAGGAAGAGCCAUAGUACAGCUUAAAGAAUCCUGGAUUUGAAUUUCAAAUUUGUUGCUAACUAUCUGUGUGAAGAUGGGAAGACUAAGGCCCAGAGCAGAUUAGUAAAAGUAAUGUUUGUCAUACCAACUUCACCAUACAUGUGUGAGAAAAUAGCUUUGGAAAUCAUACAGAGACAGUCCAUAUGAGGAUUUGGACAUCUAGGCUCCCAGAAAUGAAGCUUCUUGAAAUCUGCUUGAUUUAUCGCAGGCUUAUCCUCAUCAUCCUCACCCUGCUGCUUUUAUUGCCACUGCCUUUAAUAAUCCAAACCAAAGAAGCAGAAUGUGCAUAUACCCUCUUUGUUGUUGCCAUAUUUUGGCUCACAGAAGCUGUACCUCUGUCUAUAGCAGCUUUGCUGCCUGCCUUAAUGUUCCCCUUGUUUGGUAUCAUGCCUUCUAAGCAGGUGGCAUCUGCUUAUUUCAAAGAUUUUCACCUAUUGCUAAUUGGAGUCAUCUGUUUGGCAACAUCAAUAGAAAAAUGGAAUUUACACAAGAGAAUAGCUUUAAGAUUGGUGAUGAUGGUGGGUGUGAACCCUGCAUGGCUUACGCUGGGGUUCAUGAUCAGCACUGCCUUCUUGUCUAUGUGGCUUAGCAACACCUCUACUGCUGCCAUGGUGAUGCCCAUCGUAGAGGCUGUAGCUCAGCAGAUCAUCAGUGCUGAAGCAGAGAUUGAUGCCACACAAAUGACUUAUUUCAGUGGAUCUACCAACAAUGGAUUCGAAAUUGAUGCAAGUGAUAAUUUCCCUGAAAAAAAUGAGCUGAAAGAAAAAGCCCCUCCAAUUUCAAGACACAAUAAUGAUGCAAGGAAAACUUUGGGCAAGAUGGAAAUGGAAAAGAAUUCAGAAGCUGGAAGAAGAUAUCGGACAAAGAAGGACCACAUGAUGUGCAAAUUGAUGUGUCUGUCCAUUGCUUAUUCUUCUACCAUUGGAGGGCUGACCACUAUUACAGGCACAUCUACCAACUUGAUCUUUGCUGAGCAUUUCAAUUUCCGCUACCCAGAAUGUCAGUGCAUCAAUUUUGGAUCUUGGUUUAUGCUUUCCUUUCCUGUUGCAGUUAUUCUUCUUUUCUUGUCCUGGAUCUGGCUUCAGUGGCUUUUCCUAGGUUUCAAUUUUGCAGAAAUGUUCAAAUGUGGCAAGACCAAAACAGCCAAAGAACAAGCCUGUGCUGACGUUAUUAAGGAAGAGUACCAAAAACUUGGACCAAUGAGGUUUCAAGAAAUUAUAACCUUGAUCCUCUUCAGCAUAAUGGCCCUGUUAUGGUUCAGCCGAGAUCCUGGCUUUAUGCCUGGUUGGUCCUCACUUUUUCCAAAGUAUCCAGGCUUUGCUACAGAUUCAACUGUUGCCUUAACUAUAGGCAGCCUUUUCUUUUUGAUUCCAGCCAAGAAAUUGACUAAAAUGUCACCUACUGGAGAAAUCAUUGCUUUUGAUUACUCUCCGCUGAUUACUUGGAAAGAAUUCCAGUCAUUUAUGCCCUGGGACAUAGCUAUUCUCGUGGGUGGUGGGUUUGCCCUGGCUGAUGGCUGUGAGCAAUCGGGACUUUCUAAAUGGAUUGGUCAACAACUAACACCUCUGGGCUCAUUACCAGUUUGGUCAAUCAUCCUUAUAUCUUCUUUGCUUGUCACUUCUUUAACAGAGGUAGCUAGCAAUCCAGCUACCAUAACCCUUCUCCUACCUAUAUUAGCACCUUUGGCUGAAGCUAUUCAUGUGAACCCACUUUAUAUUCUGAUACCUUGUACUCUAUGUAUUUCAUUUGCAUUCCUCUUACCAAUGGCAAAUCCACCCAAUGCCAUUGUCUUUUCCUAUGGCCACUUGAAAGUCAUGGACAUGGUUAAAGCUGGUUUGGGCGUUAAUAUCAUUGGUGUUGCUGUAGUGAUGCUUGGUGUCUUCACAUGGGUGGUACCCAUGUUUGAUCUCCAUACAUACCCUAGUUGGGCUCCUGAAAUUACUAAUACUACAUUGCCAUGACCAUUGACCAGAAUGGAGUUUCUAACUGUUGUGUAGGACAUUUUUGAGAAACAUUAAGAAUACAUCAUAAAACUUGACAAUAAAUGGCUAAAUGGAGGAAUAUUUGAGGCAUCAAGACAAAGUGCAAGCCCUUCAAACUACAGUUGUUUUUGUAGGGAACAUAUCAGGUAUUCCUUCAUUUAGAAUUACUGUCAAGGAAACAUGUUGCAGUUUUGUGCUUGGGUUCAAAAAGCCCUGGGGUAAAAUCCUAACUCAAAUAUUAGCUCCUAUAACUCUGGACAAAGUAUUUAUUUAUUUUUUUUUGCCUUAGGCAGCACCCUAGGAGUUUUCUACUGAGAAUUCCAUGUUGAUGGAGUUCCAAUACAGAUACAAGGGAGCUUCCCUUUGCUAGAGAAAUCAUAGAUUAUUUAAGUAUACUUAAGUAUCAUGCUUACAGCAGGACCCACAACCCCAUUGGGAGGAAGUCAAUGCAGUUCUUUCUCCAUUACACUUAGCAUCAUCAAGCAACCCAUGAUUGACAUUGAACUUGAGUCAUUUUCUUUUGCUUUAUACAAAAGAAUUAGAUAUGAGUCAACUUGCUUUAUCCUCAGUUUGAGAUUUAGUUUAACAUUAUGAUUUGUAUUACAUAUUCACUUGAGGCACAGUGUAGCUAGAGACUUUGAUAUCUAUAUAUGUACAUAUAUAUUUAAAUUUUUAUAUAAUAUUUGAAGUAAAAAAUGUAAAAGUGGAGUAUGCAUCCUAACAUAAAACAUAAAAAUGGAAGUCAGGAAACAAUGGGAAUUCAAUCCUUGUUUCAUUUCUUCUCAAACAUGGUUAAUUAAGUUUAAUGUAAUCCAUAUCUUUAAUCAAUGUUAAGGAGUACAUUUUUCACAUGUGUGAACAAUAAGUCUUGCUAUGAUUUAGGCCACUAGUAUAACAUAUAUACCAAUGGAGGAAAUGCCAAACAAAAACAAUUCAUCAUAGGUUAUAAUCACCAUUUCAAAUUGCAUUUACUUUUUGUCCCGUAUCUCCCUGUUACUCAUCUUUUUUUUUUUUACAGAUGGAAAUACACAGAAUUUAAGGUCUCACUAGCUAUACAGACCUAAAUAUAAGUUCCAAAUUCAUUAAAAUAAUAGCUACAAUAUUAACUAAGAAGAGAAGGCAUAAACUAGCAAUUGAGAGAGAAAAAGGAAUAAAGUUCAAAAGCAAUAGAGGAAAAAUAGGUCAAGUGAUAUUUAUGUAAAAUGGGAAAUGCAAGCAAAGAAAGUUCAAGAGGAAGGUCAAGAAUGACAUUUUAUGGCAAGCUUGUAGAAGGGAGAAAGCAUGCUGAUUAAACUAAUGUUCAUGGGAGUGAGUAAAAAGCAAAGCUACUCUAAUAUGAUGAAACUAUAUAGAGAAAGUAAAAAAAAAAACUCAUCCUUAUUUGGCCAUUUAAAAUCUUUAGAUUUUAAAUUAAAUUAAAUUAAAAGUAUUUUGUUAGGCUUGGUCUUAUAAAAAUCAAGAUUACUACAGAAUUACUGGUAAAAUUACAUGCAUGUGAGUGAGUAUUUAAUUGUAAUAGUUAAAGGAUUUUUAAAAUGUACAUUUUAAAUUUUUGUAUUUAUCUCUGUGCAUCUUAUGUUAGGGUUAUCAGUGUAUUCAUGGAGAAAUAAAUCACUUUUUUUGCAAAA